UUUAGAUUGUCAUUCGCAGAGCGAACGCAUGGUGUGUUGUUGUGUUAUUGCUGCGGUAAACGUUUUAUUAAAAUUAAAUAAAUUCAUUAAACAUGAGUGACGUUGAGGAGCAGUAUGAUCCCAAAACUCAUAAAAGUUUACUACAAGCCAUUAGCAAUUUGCAAACAACCCAACAUAUACGCAAGGCUACUCGUGGCGAGAUAAGGAAUCAGCACGACGAAUUUCAGUUGGUAAAGCGUGCGAAGUUAUCCACAGAUGUACCCAAGUCUAAUCUUGCAGUUAAUGAUGUCGUCCAAGUGCUAAAGAAAACUAAAAAACAUUUAGAUACCGGAAAACUGUUGAAAAAUGUACAAUCAACAAAGAAGGUUCUUGAAAAACCACUGGAAAAAACUGCAGCAGAUCGUAUACGCCGCACCAUUGCCUAUGAGAACACAAAGAAAACCUUAGCACGCUGGGAUGCAGUAGUUGCUAAAAAUCGUAGUUCUGAGACGCAAGUGUUUCCUUUGCAAACUGAGACAAUUUAUGUUGAUACAUCAGCACACGCAAAACCAUUUAAUUCGUCUCUGAAAUCUGACUUAAUGCUUGAAAUGGAAGCAAGCGAAGCCAAGUUAAGAGCUUUAAAAAGGGAACAAAUGGGUGAUACAACAGAUGAAAAAGAAUUAGAAAACGAAAAACAGAGAUUGUAUAAAAGAGAAAUGGUACGUCAGGAACUUAUAGCUAAGCGUAAAGAGUUGGCGUAUUUAAAAAUGCGUGAAUCACAAAAAUCAGCUAAAGCACGUUUGCAAAAUAAAAUAAAAUCCAAAAAGUAUCACAAAUUAAUGAAACGGCAGAAGAUACAAGAACAGAUGAAACAAUUUGAGUUGCUGCAAAAAACAAAUCCCGAGGCCGCAUUAGAGAAAUUAAAUGAAAUAGAGAAAAGUCGUGUACUUGAACGGGCUAGUUUGCGUCAUAAAAAUACUGGUUCUUGGGCAAAAAAUCUACAAGUGCGUGCUAAAUAUGAUAAGGAUGUACGCAAAGAUUUAGCCGAACAAUUGCAAAUGAGUCGGCAAAUAACUCAGAAGAAAAAUGAUAGUGAAAGUGAGGAAGAACAGGAAUCUGAGAAUGAAAUCAAGAAGCAAGACGAUGAUGAUUUUGAUCCGUUUAAUCCAUGGACGAAAGCUCAGGCUGCCAAGAGUAAUACAGAAAAUAUAGCAACUGAUGAAAAUUGGCGUAAAUAUUGGUUAGAGAGAAACGAGAAUCAGAAACUCUUAGAAGAAUAUAAAAAGGAUUUUCCAACAAACAUAGAUAAUGAAGAUAAAACUGAAGAAGAUAUAAAAGACGAGGAAAAGGAAGUUCAAAUAAGAUCUGAAAAUAAAGAUAUAAAAAAAAAUAAAAAGCGUCUUAAUCUUAUCGAAAACACGACUAAUAUAAAAGGUAAGCGUUUAAAACUAGAAAAUAAUGGACAGGAAGGAGAUAACUCUCAACCGAUUAAUAAAAACACCAAAGUUAAAGCGAAGAAAAAGGUUAAAAUAGAAAAUGGUUGGGUGGUUGAACCUAUUAACGAAUCAGCUGCUAAAAUUGAGGAAUCUAUUGAUGAUAUAUUCGAUGCAAAAGAAGAACAAAUACGAAUAAAAUUAAAAGAAAAACUAAACCACAUAGCGGAGACGGCAAAAAAACUUAAAAACAUAAAAGUCAAGAAAAUGAAAAAGAGUGCUGUUGUAAAGGAGAAAGAUGCUUUGAAGAAUUUAAAGAAUCUUUCAUUUAAAGAACAAGCGACCAAACCCAUAAUUGAUGAGGAAUUAAAUGCUGAGGAAAACAAAACCGAUUCCUCUUCAAAUGAGAAUAAUUUAACAAAUAUUACUAAUAUUGAUAAUAUAUCCACCAAACACGAAGAAUCUGCACAAAGCGAUACCAUUGAUCCUAAUAAAUUAGCCACUAUUAAAUUGAAACAUAAUGUUGGAGGAUUUGAUAUUGUUAAUUCGGUAAUGGAUGAUGUCGAUAUAGAAGGAAGUGAUGAGGACGACGAAUUUACACAACAAAUGACAAUUACCGAAGCAUUUGAAGAUGAUGAUAUUAUUGCCGAUUUCACUAAAGAAAAAGCGGAAGACACAGAACUCAAGAAUACUGAAUUACAAUUAACAUUGCCUGGUUGGGGUGCAUGGGCUGGCGCUGGUGUUUCGAAGGAACUACAAGCUGAACGAAAUAAACGUCUUGUGUUGAAAUUUCCUAACAAAGAAAAACGUCAGGAUGAUAAUAAAAAAGGUGUUUAUAUUAACGAAGAAGUCUGUAAAGAAGCGCGUGAACAUUUUGUCUCGGAUGUACCAUUUCCAUUUAAGUCUGUUAAGGCUUAUGAGGCCAGUAUACGUGCACCUAUUGGUCGUAAUUUUGUGCCCGAAACAGCUUUUCGUAUGUUAACUCGCCCAGAUGUUAUAACGAAAAAGGGACAAAUAAUAGAUCCAAUGGAUGAAAGUGAAUUAAUUAAACCCGCUCGCAGGUUGAGACACAUCGUUGAUCGAAGAAUUGAAAGAGCUGCACAAGGUACAAUAAAAGCGUAAAACGUUCUGUGUGUGUAAUUUCAAUGAAAUUUGUAAAUCUAUCAAUUUUUUUUA